GAGAAAACAGUUGUGAAACGCCCUCGAUCGAGCGCAGCCCCACUAGCAUGAACGACUCGCUGCUGGAUGAACUCGAGAAGGCCGAUGUCCAUCGACAUGAUGUCUAUGACCCCAACGCGUCGUACCAACCGUUGCUGGAGGAGCACAACGCCGAGAGCGAUGCAACUGCACUGAAGAAUCAACGUUCGCGGUCUGCAGAAGAUGCGGAAGCGUUGUGGGCCGAGUUGCACAGCCAUCCUCCUCAGGACCGCACUCGAGAGUCUCCAUCGAGUGCGUUUAAGUUUCGAUCGCAAUUGGCGCAACUGACGAGCAACAUUCGCCCUCCUACGGCGUCACCUCAGUUCCACAGCACAAGUGCGCGAGGAAGCCACGGAGGCGCCAACAGAAGUCCCAACACCCAUCCCGUCCGCCGAAAUUUUUCGUCUCCUCACUCCACAACUCCUGCAUCUCAUACGAGCGUCGACGUACGUCGACACCUGAAGCUCCCAUCGUUGGCCGACGUCAAGAACAACUGGCUGCUCACCUCUCGCGGCCGCCACGUCCCUGACGAGUUUGGCCAUGUCGAGAACGUGGAUGCGUUUUUGAUUGCGCUGUACAACUACUACUACCACAACGGGAUGUCUUGCUACAUUGGGAAGGAGGGUGUGCAGCUACUCAACUUACUCUUCACCGUGUGCAUGUCGUCGUUCUUGAUGGGUUGCAUUCAAUGGCGCGAACUUGCGACGUGUCCGUCGAGUCCCAACGGGUGCAAGCGUCCAUUGUCGGACUUUGUCACGUGGCAAUUUGAGGGCCACUGGACGUCGACCGUCGUGCUCUUUUACUUUUUGAUCUUCUUUGCAUUCUGGAUCACGCGAGUCGUCGCGUUUAUCUCGAACGCUCGCGACGCGUACGACAUGCACGGGUUCGUGGUGGAAAAACUUCGUAUCGACGCGCGGCAUAUCCAAACGAUAACGUGGAACGAAGUGGUCGACCGCGUUGUCGCGCUCCUUCCGCCGUCCGCCGACCAGUCCAAGCCGCUCAAGCCCACGCCAUUUCAAUCGUCGUACCAGCUCCAAAUCGACCCGACGCAAUUGGGCACGCCCCUCGCCAUGGCCCGCCGCAUCAUGCGGAAAGACAACUUUAUGAUUGCAUUCAUGAACGCUCCAGUCUUCCAUACGGCGCUGCCCGUCCCAUCAUGGUUGCCGCUGUCGUCGCACGCCGUCUUUAGCCGCAACAUGGAAUUCAACCUGCAGCUGUGCAUCUUGGACCCGAUGUUCGACCCGAUUGCUGGCGGUAGCUUGCGCGCGCUCUCGGCAGACGACCUAAAGAAGCGGUUGAUGGCGGUCGGGAUGGUCAACUUGCUCCUGACGCCAUUUCUCCUCCUCUUUCGCGCGAUUCAAUUUUUCCUCCUCGGUGCCCAAGAAUGGUCGGUGAAUCGAGCGUCGUACUUGAGCUCGCGUCGGUGGAGUCCGCUCGCAAUGUGGACGUUCCGCGAGUACAAUGAACUCCCUCACGUGUUUGACGCGCGCAUCGAAAAGGCCGCGCCGCUGGCGGAAGCAUACCUGGCGCUAUUUCCGUCGGGGCUGGUGUCGAUCGUUGCGAGCGGGGUCGCGUUCUUUGCGGGGUCGAUCAUGGCGGUGCUCAUCUUCAUGAGUCUGGUCGAAGAGUCGAUUGUGCUCGAGGUCGAAGUUGGCAGUCGCCAGUUGAUUUGGUACUUUACGAUCGCGAGCGGUGUGUUUGCGCUCGCCCGGAGCUUCCAGUCGCCGUCGCGCUUCCUCGCCACCGAGUCGUGCGAAGACGCGAUGACGCGACUCGCGGCGGAAACCCACCACUUUCCGUCGGCGUGGAAGGGACAAUGCCACACGUUUGCGACGCGGGACGCGUUGCUCGCCCUUUUUCCGUACAAGACGGUGCUGUUCCUGGAGGAAUGCCUGAUUGUGCUGCUGACGCCGUUUGUGCUGUGCGUGUCCCUCCCCGACGCCGCACCCGAAAUCGUCCGGUUUAUCGAGGACCACACGGUGACGGUGCCCGACGUCGGCGCGGUGUGCCGGUUUGCCGAGUUUGACUUCAAGGCGGACGGCGGAGAAGCCAAGAUGGAGAGUUCAUUUAUGAACUUUAAGCGCCACCAUCCGUCAUGGCAUGGACCGCAGGAAGGCGAGGACCUCGUGAACGAAAUCACUCGAUUCCGCGGCCAAGAGCUGGAAAAAUCGCUCCGCCUCGGCGACACACUCGGUGGCCCGGACGCACUGCUGUCCAGAACCAUGAUGAUGGGUGACAGUAUGUUUCAUAGCACGGCAUUUGGUGGGGGGCAGUUGUCGCAGUCGCAGCAACUCAUGCAGUCGCAUGCGAUUCACAUGGCGCUGAACGGUCCGCAGUCGAGCGAGUACUACUGGCUGCAAAAGUAUCACGACCGUCCGAGUCAUCCGUUCCAUGAGGACGAAGCCAAGGAAGACAUGCAAGCGUCGCUGACGAUGUAGAGAUUGGAUGGAAAGAGGAAGCGGUCGAGUGCAUGAGGUAUUGACAUGGUGCACCAAACGUCCGAUAAGAAACAAGUGAGUGAAUUUGACAACGAUCGCGUGGUGGCCACCAUGUCGAAAACGAAUGGACGAGAGCACGUUUCAUGAUGGUACAUCGAUCAUUCGGCCCCUGUCCGCGUGUGUAAGCUGUCGCGGCUUCAACACCGCCACGAUAUGACUAUCGGGCGAAGUGCGCUUGGCCAUGGCUAGUUUCUAUAAGUCAAGGUUGUUAAAUUCACACACUGCUACCGUGGGGCACUGGAUUCCGUCGACGAGAUGUCUUCACCGGGUCAGGACAGACGACACAGUCGUGGGAAUGUUAUAAACGUCCAAGUCCUUGAGCGAGUUGAUUGUGCCGUUGAGGAUGAUGAACGACCCGACGAUUUGCGUCGUUCGAAUGCUGAGUCCCUUGGGGAAGACGAAGGCUAAAGUGGUGGCAACCAGUCGUCGUGCUUGAGGAGACGUAAUGUUGGCGGGCACACGGGCAUUCGCGUGCUCAAUGAGAUCGUUCAUGUGACGGCCAUACGUCUUUUGCGGGUUCAUCAACUUGAGCGUAGACAAGUUGUGCGGCACGUGCGAGAAGUACCCAGCGAACACACCGGCGACCAUACUCCCCAGAGCGUUCUUCAAUAUGGGUUGCGAGUCGUCCAGAGGAAUGCGCUCUUCGCAGUAGUCGGACAAUUGAUUGAGACCCACACCAAAGAUGAUUUCACGCACGGCACGGGGAGCCCACCCCCGGAUCCAUCGCGUCGCCAAUGGCUCGGGGUUCAUGUGACCAGCAUUGCAUGCUUCCAGCAUACUGCUCACAGGCGUCAUGAUGAUACCAGGUGCAACAGCUUUGGCGACGCGAAUGUAACCUGGGUUUUCGUACGUUUCGUCGUCAAUGUUCUUUUCGAGGUAAUGUCGAAUGCCCUUGAAUCCAUUGAUAUAAGCGACACGAGUUGGAAUUUGCACGCCCAUGUUCGGAAACAACGUUGCCGGAGCUUGUCCCGUCAGUCUGGCGUUCAAGAACGAGUUCAGUGCACUGCGGUAGAAGGAUUCCACACUUGCGGCAACGGAAGUGGCAAAGAUGGGGGUGGGUUUUGCAUGUUGUUCAAGCAAGGGAGUGUUGAGAAGAUUUAUGUGGCGGCGGACUUCUCUGUUGAGCGAGUACAUGACGUCUGUAGCAAUUUCAGGAUCGGUGAGGAGUUGAGACAGCGAUUGCGAGGUCAACGAAUACCCAAGAACAGGGGUGACACACUUGGCCGUUGCGGCCGCGGCGUCUUCGCGCAGGGCAUGGUUGCUUCCCAACGCCAUACCGGGUGUGACUUCGCCCCACGAGUGGACUUGUCCGUUGAUAUCUUUCAUCUCCGCAACUGUGCCUCGGGCGACAACAAUCAAUUUCGUUUGCGGCGAUCCUUGAUGAAACAACACGCUGCCUUUUGGGUGCGUUUCCGCGACUGCACGCGCACACAAUUUACGUAAGGCUCGUUCAUUGCAAUACGCAAACAUGCGCACUGUACUGAUCUUGUGCACGCAGUCCUGUUGUUGUUCUUGCGUCAAGGUCAUGUCGUCCGUCGAUCGUCGUAGUCGCGCGCGCCAAGAUGUACCUGCUGUGGGGUGCGUCGUGUAUUCCAAACUGGCGCUGGAUCCGCGGGCUUCCAAAACAUCCACCAGAAUUUCC